AUGCCCCCCUCCUCGAGGGCUGAAGGGAGAGCUCAUGGGGGACUGCCGACAGAGCAGGAGGCGAUGGAGAGGGUGGACCUGAGGAUCAAGGUGGAGGACCUCGAGUUGAUGCCAGUCCUGUGCGCGUCAGUGAAGCCAAAGAAUGCGAGCAAGAUGAUAGAGAUCCUGUCCAAGAACCUUCCGAUCCCAGAACUGCGAUAUCUGAAGAGGAUGCGGAAGAGGAAUGACGCAGCGGCAAAGAGCGGAGGCAAGGCUGAGCCAGAGCUUGUUGCUAUCAUCGCCCCCCCCGAUAUCUUCUCCAGGCAAGUGCUCUCUCAUUCCAUGGCGACGCUGGAGACGGAGACUCAAGACCUGAUCAAGCAGUAUUGCGACUCGAUGUUCGAGGAGGAGGUCCCAUCCUUCGCUCCCAACACGCGAGAACAGUUCGAUUCCUGGUCCAAAAUCUGGCCGCUGAACUACCGACCGCCAGCAGGAGGAAUGAAGGUCUUGCUAGGGUUCUCACAGGAGGAGAUCGAGAGAAUGAAGGCUUAUAUGAGGCGCGCGACCGCUCUAGCUGUGGAGGCGGUGAAGGCUGGAGACGGAGCGGCGGCGGCUGUCAUAGUCGACCCGACGAGCGGAGAGGUUCAAGGGGAGGGGGUUGAUGUCGCCAUGUCCGGGCCGUUAUGCUCACCGGAGAUCCCGAGUGGAGCACAGAGGAAUGAUGAUGCCCGGAAGAAGCGUCAUCCUCUGCAUCAUGCGGCGAUGUGCGCGAUCCAGAAGGUGGCGGCGAUGCAGCGGGAGAGUCAGCUCGUGAAUGUGACAAGCAAGAGGAAGAUGCUUCUCCAGCAGGUGGACUCCUCGGACGGCAGCAGGGACGAGACCGUCGAGACUGCGCAGAAAGACUUGGUCAACGAGGGCCCGUACCUCUGCACUGGCUUCGACAUCUACCUGACCUACGAGCCUUGCCCGAUGUGUGCCAUGGCGCUGGUGCACAGCCGACUGCGGCGGAAGUCUCUCAACCAUCACUACGAGGUGUACAAGGGGCUGCUGGCCGAGGAGGUCAAGGAGAGCAUAACCUCCGCAUUCUCAACAACAUGA